CGGACGUUCGUUGUUUACAGCUCGGUCAUAAAGUCAAGUGGCAAAGUGGCACCUCACAAAAAAUAACAAAAAAAGAAAAAAAUUUAACAAAAAUAAAAAGAAAAAUUGAAACUCAAAAAAAGAACGUGCGGGGGCAAGGUGCAAAUGGUAACGGUAAUUUGCAGACAUUAGUUGCUACCAACACACAUACAAACGGAGCGGUGAUUAAAUGCUUUGGGAGGAGAGGUGCGAAAAGUGUCACAUUACGCAUACGCAGCGUAUGGCCAAGCUAAAUGCUGAAUUUAAAAGCACAACGAGCGGUUCGAGUCGGAAUUGAAAAAUGAAAAUGUUUGUCGUAAAGUUACUUGGCCACUUAGUAAGCCAAGCACGUAGUGGAUUUUUGUGAUGUGGAUACGGCUCUUUGAUUGUUUUAUUAGCGUUUCCGUUGGACAGUUACCAAACGUGAAGUGCGAGUUUUGAAAAAGAUUCUUAAAGAAAUGUGGGAUUAUACAGAGAUAACAAUAAAAAUAAAGGAAAUAAAUGUGCUUAAGAAAUUUAAGGUUAUGGCUUGAAUAACAUACAACAAACAAAAAUACAACUCACAAUAAAAAUAGUUAAUCAGCUAUGGCAUUGUUGGCCUGACUUGAGUGCAAUAAAUAAGAUAUUAAUAGCCGUAAUAAAUCCUAAAAAGUUCGUAGAAGAAGUAAAACACGUACCCGAGGUUAGCCAUGAGCCAAAUGCAACUGCAGACGCAGCGCGUUCGCCGUGGACGUCACCAUCACCGCCAUCAGUCCGCAGAGCCUUGCGAGUGUUUACGUCCUGUGAUAAGAGUUUUUGGUCUGCUGACUUCAUUCGUUAUCUGCGGCGUUGGCGUUGAUGUCUACAUGCAUGGCUACCAGGCCGGUCUUUAUAUAGUUUUUUCAGCUGUGCUGGUAAUGUUCAUUGAGAUCAAGUGGCUCGUGACAAUAUUUUUGCAACUACAGUGCUCAGAGGAUAAUUACCAUCGGAGGUCCUGUAGCUGCCUGGCCUGCUGGCGCCUUUCAGCGAUUUGCGGCGGAUGGAGACCCACUCCCGUUUAUGCGGUCAUAGGCAUCUGCCUGAUACUGUAUCCCCACAAUCUGUGGCUUAGUUAUGUGGCCGGGAUGUUCCUGAUACUCCUCGGAGUCCUCAGACUCUGCACGCUGCUCAGAUUCAGUCCUUCGAAGGAGGAGGGCCUCCUGCCGCAGUGCGACUUUGAAAAGGUCUCCAGCUUUGUGGAUAAUAUGGAGGACGAUUUCGCCGAGGUUAGCGCCUCGCAAGCGGCCUUGGAGGACGAAGCGGAGGUGGAGGGCGACGACCACCCCGUCAUGGAUGAUGAUGUUUGCUAAUAGUUGAUAUACUCGUAUUCCACUUUUCGUUCUCCUUGGAGACUUAAGUUACCGCGUUUGCUUUAUGUAAUGUGAGAUUUUAAUUAUCGAAAAGAUGUCUAUUAACGUACGGUUUAUAAAAAGGUUUCGAAUGAAAGUUACAUUUUGGUUUUUUCUGCAUUGUUAACCCUUGAGAAUUCAAGUUAAUGUGGACAAUCAAAUUCGAAGGGCUGCUUUUUUGUUAUAAUUAAAACAACCUUGAAGUUACAAUCAGUGACUAUGUUCAAUAUUCAUGUUUUAUUUUCAAAGAAAAGAGCAU